CGUAUCUGCCCCAAUAUUUUAUGGGAGCUGUGUAUGUGACACUAAAGAACUGUGGCUCCAGUCGGUUAUUUUGUGGUUUUGACAGCAGAUGCGUCGUCGGGGUGGAUGCACCCGUCUUUAUUAGAAAUGUAUGAAUGGGUAGGAAGUGAGGUUAUGGUUACGUAGGAAGGUUACCAGUGUUCAACACCCCAGUUACUCAGUGAAUCGUGCUGAGGGGCCGAGCGGCGAAGUGAAAAUUGUGUUAGUUAUUAUAUUCAUUCGAUGUAAUAUGUCAAGAUACGUCUCUUUUAAUGGCCUGUUAUUACUUACAUGUAGACAUCUGCAAUUAAUGUGAGCUUUUAUAAAUGCAGGGGCUCCCUAUGACGUGACGGUGAAGCGGCAGGAUGCAAGGAAUGAAGCUUCUGGUGCUAACACUGAGCCUGUGGCAGGUGGUAGUGAUACAAGUAGCUGCCAGCAUAGUCCGAACUUUCAAUGAUGAGACCGGCACUGAACGCUUCAAUCAUCUGGUGGUGGAUAAGAACACGGGUCGAGUAUUUAUAGGAGCUGUGAAUCGCUUAUAUCAGCUUUCUCCUGAUGUGGAGCUUGUCAUGAGUGAGGUGACUGGACCCCGGGAUGAUUCUCCAGAAUGCUCUACAUUGGACUGCCCGGCCACCGUUCUCAAGAAACCGACCGACAACGUCAACAAAGCUCUUGUGAUCGACUACACAACUACAAGGUUAAUAUCCUGUGGAAGUGUGUUCCAAGGCAUCUGCUCAGUGAGGAAUCUGCACAACAUUUCUGAUGUGGCUCAAGUGGUCAGAGAAGCCGUCGUUGCAAACAACUCCACGGCUUCCACAGUAGCGUUCAUUGCUCCAGGGCCUCCGAACCCACCCGUGACACAAGUGAUGUAUGUUGGUGUUACUUACACUGGAAAUUCUCCAUACAGGUCUGAGGUGCCUGCCGUUUCAUCAAGAAGCCUUGAUCGCGAUAAGAUGUUCAUGAUUGCCGAGACGGCCGUGACCACUGGAACUCGCAUGUUCGUCAAUUCUCUAGCGAGGGAACGCUAUCCCAUCAAUUACGUUUAUGGUUUUAGUUCUGAAGGAUUCAGUUAUUUCCUUACCAUCCAGAUGCGACAUACCAUUCCAUCACCGUUCAUUUCCAAAUUGGUGCGUGUUUGUCACGACGACGAGAACUAUUAUUCAUACACAGAAAUUCCAAUUGACUGUAUCAGUGAAGGUGCCAAGAGGUAUAAUCUUGUGCAGGCGGCUUAUGUGGGCAAACCAGGAUCCGAUUUGGCUGCUGACUUAGGAAUUACGGCCCAGGACGACGUUUUGUUUGCCGUGUUUUCUGAGAGUGUCCAGUCUGAGGGUGAAGUGUCGAGCAAGCCUAGUUCGUACAGUGCACUCUGCGUGUAUUCUCUAAAGGCAAUCCGACGCAAGUUCAUGCAGAAUGUGAAGACGUGUUUCAGUGGGAUGGGCAGCCGAGGUUUGGACUUCAUAUCUCCUAGUCAUCCGUGUGUGCUUACGAAACUGCAGACGAUAGGAGAGGAUUUCUGCGGCCUUGAUGUGAACACCCCUCUGGGCGGUGAGCAGCCCAUUGCCGCCGUACCAGUGCUGGUGUUCGACGCGCAUCUCACCGCCGUGGCAGCCACGUCCACCGGCGACUACACUGUCGUAUUCCUGGGCACAGCUACCGGCCAUAUGAAGAAGGUAGGUUUCUUGAUCCAUUGA